AUGCGCCACACUCCCGCCAGAUGUCAGGUAGUGAUCCGUGAGCUCCAGUACCUGAACCCCGCCGUCGCAGCCAGCAGUGACGCCGGACGAAGCAACAAGCAGCACCACCACCACGACGAGCGCCAAGCUGCAGCGCUCCUUUCUUUAGCAAUGUCUCAAUCCCUCCGACCCUACCUCCAAUGCGUCCGCAGCAGCUUGACUGCCGCCCUGACGCUAUCCAACUUUGCCUCGCAGACGGCCGAACGACACAAUGUCCCCGAGAUCGAGGCCCAGUCUUCACCUGAGGUGCUUCUGACCCCGUUGACGAUCGCGCGCAACGAAAACGAGCGCGUCCUCAUCGAGCCCAGCAUCAACUCCAUCAGAAUAAGCAUCAAGAUCAAGCAGGCAGACGAGAUCGAGCAUAUUCUUGUACACAAGUUUACCCGUUUCCUGACGCAACGAGCCGAGUCAUUCUUCAUCCUGCGAAGAAAGCCGAUCAAGGGUUACGAUAUUUCUUUCUUAAUAACAAACUUCCACACGGACGAGAUGCUCAAGCACAAGCUUGUCGACUUUAUCAUUCAAUUCAUGGAGGAUGUCGACAAGGAGAUCUCCGAGAUGAAGCUCUUUUUGAACGCCAGAGCGCGUUUCGUGGCAGAGUCUUUCCUAACACCGUUUAACUGA